UCGGGGUUUCUGUUCGUUCUGUUGUCCCAGCGGCGUUGGGAAUGGAUUUGGGAUCUCGCGAUAUUUGGGACUUUGAGUUACAGUCGAAAAUGGCGCCCGUUGUGACGGGGAAGUUCAGUGAGCGAGCUCCACCGCAGCGCCUAACAAGAGAGGCUAUGAGAAACUACCUGAAGGAGAGGGGAGACCAGACCUUACUCAUACUACACGCUAAAGUUGCACAGAAGUCUUACGGCAAUGAGAAGAGGUUUUUCUGCCCCCCUCCCUGUAUCUAUCUGAUGGGCUGUGGCUGGAAGAAGAAGACUGAAGAGAUGGAGAGAGAGGGCUGUUCAGAGCAGGAGGCUCAGCCCUGUGCCUUUAUAGGGAUAGGAAACAGUGACCAGGAGAUGCAGCAGCUCAACAUAGAGGGGAAGGACUUCUGCACAGCUAAGACUCUAUACAUCAGUGACAGUGACAAGAGGAAACACUUCAUGCUGUCAGUCAAGAUGUUCUAUGGUAACAGUACAGACAUAGGAGUGUUCCUUAGUAAAAGGAUCAAGGUUAUCUCUAAACCUUCCAAGAAGAAACAGUCUCUGAAGAACGCUGACCGUGAGUAUGGAGAGGAACACACACACAUUUCCACACUAAUGGAUAAUACAUGUGUAUUAGACUAUCUAAUAUGUCAUCCACAGGCCAAAACAAGUACUUCUAUUUCAGUAUUUCAAUGGUUAUUUGUAGAAGACCAAGCGGUAUACAAAAUUGUAUUUGAGAGGAUUUUCAAAUACCUGUGUUUUUUAAAUUCCUUAAAAUAUUCAACUACUUUUCUUUUCAAAUAAAAUAUAUCUGAAUGCUUUAAGUGCAUGUGAACAGAAUUGAGAUGUUUUAAAUAGUAUUUGGACCCAUGUCUGUCUCAUAUAUAUGCAUACAUGCAUA